AUGGAUAAUCAUAAUGUGUUGAAGGCAGAUGUUACCAAACUCGACGAUGACCUUAAGGCUUUGAGAAAUAGUAAAUUUGGUCCUGACGGAAUCGAAGAAAUAAAAAUUUGGAUAUUCUCUGUACUCAACGAAGAGGCACCAGAAGGUCCAUUAUUAGAAGCAUUACGAGACGGUGUUGUACUUUGUCGUUUAGCAAAUGAAUUACAUGAAGAAGAUACCGGUAUCCCUAAUCACAUUAAAUGGAAACGCUCUAAAAAGCCUUUUGUCCAAAUGGAGCAAAUUAGUCUCUUCCUUGAUUUCAUGCUAUCAUAUGGUGUCCGUGAAGAUGAAGUUUUCCGAACAAUUGACUUGUAUGAGGGAAAUGAUCCCUCUAGUGUCUAUUUAGCUCUAAUUUCAUUGUCUAGAUAUGCUAAUCAAAAGCACCCAGAGAAAUUUCCUGUUAUAGGGCGGCGCCGUGUGGCUAAGAAGAAACCUAGGGAGCCGGUUGAAACUCGUAAAACCGCCAGAACGACUAUCUUUGGGUGGACACUUCCUAGAUGUAGAGCAUUUAUGGCUGCAUUCUCAGUAUUGGAUUAUAUGACGUGUCGACACCGUUGGGGUUUUGUCCGUACCAUACAACGAUAA